CAUGGGGAUGCUAGUACCGACCACUCUCUCUGCUCGUUUGCUGAGCCUGUUCCAGCACCCGCUGGGCUCCCUCUGGAGUGGCCUGGCCAUCCUAUUCUGCCGGCUGAGGAUAGCACUGGCAUGGCUAGGUUCUGGAAGGGGACAGACUCGGCCACAGGUCCGGGCUGAGCCCAAGGAGACCCAGGAAGAACCAAACAGUUCUCAGCCCACAACCCCGGUUAGCGUCAACUACCACUUCACUCGACAGUGCAACUACAAAUGUGGCUUCUGCUUCCAUACAGCGAAGACUUCCUUCGUGCUGCCCCUGGAGGAGGCCAAGCGAGGACUGCUUCUGCUCAAGCAGGCUGGUAUGGAGAAGAUCAACUUUUCAGGAGGAGAACCCUUCCUACAGGACAGGGGUGAAUAUAUGGGCAAGCUUGUGAAGUUCUGCAAGAAGGACCUGGCCCUGCCUUCUGUGAGCAUUGUGAGCAAUGGCAGCCUCAUCCGUGAGAGGUGGUUCAGGGACUAUGGUGACUAUUUGGACAUUCUUGCUAUCUCCUGCGACAGCUUCAAUGAGGAAGUCAAUGUUCUCAUUGGCCGGGGUCAAGGGAAAAAGAAUCAUGUGGAAAAUCUCCAAAAGCUGAGGAAAUGGUGCAGAGACUACAAGGUAGCUUUCAAGAUCAACUCUGUCAUUAAUAGAUUCAACGUGGACGAAGACAUGAAUGAACACAUCAAGGCUCUGAACCCUGUCCGCUGGAAGGUCUUCCAGUGCCUCCUAAUUGAGGGUGAGAACUCUGGAGAAGAUGCCCUGAGGGAAGCAGAGAGAUUUCUCAUAAGCAAUGAAGAAUUUGAAGCAUUUCUAGAACGUCACAAAGAGGUAUCCUGUUUGGUGCCCGAAUCUAACCAGAAGAUGAAAGACUCCUACCUUAUUCUGGAUGAAUAUAUGCGCUUUCUGAACUGCACUGGUGGCAGGAAGGACCCUUCCAAGUCCAUCCUGGAUGUUGGGGUUGAAGAAGCGAUAAAAUUCAGUGGCUUUGAUGAGAAGAUGUUCCUCAAGCGUGGCGGGAAGUAUGUAUGGAGCAAAGCUGAUCUGAAACUGGACUGGUAACAUUGAGACUAGAAGGAGACCCUGACCAGCUGUGGGGAGGUCCGCAUGCAGCUGUCUGCCACCACCAAGACUCCUGGUCUUUCUCCAGGUAUGGAAACCUGAGACUCUGUUGCACGUCCUCUGGCCCUCUGUGGGUUAUUCUUACCAAGAAUGCAGUCUGUUCGUUUGUUUGUUCCUGUUUGGCUGAACUGAGGAAAGGGUAAAAACACACAAUGGCAGUUUAUAAAACAGAUAAUCUGCCUGAGUGCAGGGAUAGAGUUCAGUUCACAGAGGAGCAAGGUGCAGUGGUCCCAAAGGCCAAUGUAUUUAAUUUGUAUUUGAAUAUUUAAGGGAGUUUGCUGUGAAUCCCUUGUUUCCUGUUUUUUGUGUUUUGGGGUUUGUUUGUUUGUUUGUUUCUUUUUCCAUUAUCUACUUGACAGAGUGAGUUAUUUUCUGCUAAAUAUGCCAGGAUUGUCACCAGGAAACAUCACAAAACAUGUCCUCCAGUUACUAUUCUAAUGCUUUUCUGCUUGGGAAUGUUGGACUUUUGACUCAGUGGUAUAGGAAGAAUCAAGACACAACAUUUGCCAAGAUCUCGUGGAAGGAAUUGCUCCAGACCCUGAUCAAGGUACACUUAGGAUGGCUGUUCCACACUGUGCCAACUCCUUCAGGGCUCCUUACAGAACCAAGAUACACUUUGCCUUUUAGCACGUGGGCAUGAGGGUUGUGCUUGUGCAGCUGCACCCUCCAGGUACUGAGGCUGCCUGAGUCUGUCACAAUAAAGCAGGAGUUUGAGUAGAAGAAAGUCAUUAUUUCAACUCUGCAAAGCGGCAAUGGCUGUGUCGGUGCAUUCCUUAAAAGUCUGGAAGCAUGGGCAGGAAGGACAAAGGAUGCUGUCAGGAACAUGGAGUGUGGCUGGCACCUGUGGCUGCAUGGACUAUCGUCCAAGCAGCUUGGAGAUAAGACCCAGUCCAGGUUGAUAUGAGAAGAACGAGUUCCUCCUCUACACCAAAAAGGCAGAGGAGACAACGCGACUGAGUCAAAAUCCUUUCUUUGCAGGAAUUGGCUAACACUGCUGAAAUUCCAGUGCUGCAACUAGAGGGCGCUAAGACAUCGGACUUCAUUAAGCAUCUCAGAAAUUUCACUUUUGGGUCUAUUUUUAGGACUUGGUGAAUUUUGGUUCUGUUCCUUCAUUGUUUGCUUGGUUCCGUGUGUGUGUGUGUGUGUGUGUGUGUGUGUGUGUGUGUGUGUGUGUGUGUGUUUGGAUAAGUACUAAGGAUUUGGUAAGGAAAUGGAUUUGUGAGUAUUUUUCUCACAAAAGAUGUUCAUACUUCAGUUAGGUCACUAUAACUGAGACAUACUUUUGUUUCAUCAAAAAUAGGUCAGGUGUUCUGUAUUUUCUAUUUUGUUUAUUUGUGUGCUUGUGUUUUUUGUUUGUUUUUGUUAAGUGAUAAACUCAUGAGCUGUUUUCUUGUACACUGGAAGCCAUAUGGUAUUGUUUAGCUAAAUUAUCUGAAGUAAAAAAUGGUGUCAGGUUUGAUCUGCA